GUAGAGACUGCAGCUUUCACCCGAGCUCGCCGUCGCGAACGUCUGACUCCUCCUCGAGAGCAGCGUCUUGUUGUGUGCCCUUAGCUUUCCUUAUCUUUGCGAUUGCCGCAUGCGACUAUCUGCUCUCAGGCACAGACAGCUGACGUGUUCCCGACAUCCGUCGAGCAUCUCUUUCCCUCCCCCUUCGCCAGCAUCAUGAGACUCUCUGCGCUCUUGCUUGCUGUGGGAUGUGCAGCACCCCUUGGUGCCAGUGCACAAUAUUUCUCUCAAGGCUGGAAGCCGGGCCAGGCCGCACCCGCACCAUCUUCCACCCCACACGCCUUCGAUCCGAGCACCGCUCCCGCUGCCGCCGCACCCCCACAGAAAGCAAAAGCAGAUUACGGACUGAGCUCAAUACUCACAGAUUUUGUAUCCUCUGGCCCAAUUGCGUCGCUGCUCGAUCGCGCAGGGAUCAAUGUCACCGAACGGCUUUCGGCCGCACAGCAAGAUAUUUGGGACGAGCGGAUACCGCUCAUCACGGACGAAAACUACAAGGAGAUCAUCGUGAACGAGGUCUUUGAGACAGAGCAAGAGGAGAAGGACAGGGUGUGGUUCCUCAUCAUCUCUGUGACCACAGCGCAGCCCCAAGGAGUCUCGAAAUACGCCGACGAGCAGUUCGAUGCCGCUUUCAACCUGACGCAGAUUGAGAAUGACUUGCCCAACGUGCGGUGGGGACGCAUCGACUACAUCAACGUCACGACCAUCACGACCAAGUGGAAUGUAUGGCAAGCACCAAUGCUCGUUGUCCUCAAAGACCGAGGCCAAACUCUCCGCUUCUGGCGCGCGACGCAACUGCGCCUGAAGCCCGACUCGCUCCGUGAAUUCCUUCGCACCGAACACUUCGAACGCACAGCCCCAUGGAAGUCCAACUUUGGCCCUGGUGGCAGCAGAGAAUUCGUUCUUGACUACUUGGCAAUCGCCAUGGCUGUGAUGUACGACUACACGCGCAGGCUUCCCCGCUGGGCUCUCUACAUGUUCACAGGCGCGUUUGGAAGUCUUGUGAUCGGCUUUGUGCACCGAGGUGACACAAAGAAGCUGGCGGCGAAAGAGAAGGCAGAAGCGCAGAAGCAGCAGGAGACGGCGAAUAACGCUACUAGUAUUGCGCCACCACCGUCUGCGGUGAGUACAAGCGUGAGUCCAGCUUCCGGCACACCGAAAAAGACUAGCGCGAAGGGGAAGAAGGGGAAAAAGACGACUUGAACGAUGAAGCACAUCGUGGGUUGACGGAUUUAUGACGCAUACCGGGCAUAUUGUAUGUAUUAAAUUUUCACCUGACUACAUUCCGAGACAUGUUGUAGCCUUUUCCCGGUAUUUAACACUCUAUUUUUGGGCUUUCACCGCUGCCUGCAAGCGUGGAAUGUUUCGACGCAUGGCCUAUCUGAAAUGUGUAGCAUGAGUAGCGAUGAUUGAAAGCGUGUGUGAAAAUAUGCUGGUGGGUCUAUGAUACAGGUGAGGAUGUGCAAUGUCGAGUCUACUCUUUAUAAGGAUAUUCGAAUUUCGGCUGGUCCUUGCGCCUCCAGAGCUUUCACUUCUUCUUGGUGGGGAGAUGCUCCGCAAACACCUCUACGCAAUGCUGGGAUUUAAAUUCACGAAUGAAUCGUGGGUCCCACAAC